AUGGGUUCGAUUAAUUCCAAAUCAAUAAAUGACAAUAAUUAUGUAAAUAUUCAUCCUUCGAAAAAAUCUCAUCGUUUAUCAUUAUUUAAUCGCCAUCGAUCGAUAUUAUCGUCAUGUAGUUAUAAAACAGAUGACAAUGAUUUACGUUCUAUCUUUAAUAAACGACGGAUUUGUUCGAAGAAAAAAAUUCUUAUAUUAGGUUUGGAUGGAAGUGGAAAAACUGAUCUAUUCAAUCGAUUAAUAUCUGAUAAGAAACAAGAAUUAAAAAAUGAUUCUCCUCCUCAACCAACAAUGGGUUAUAAUGUUGAAACAAUACAAAUUCGUUGUCAUCGUUUAUAUCAUCGUCGAUAUCAUAAAAUAACAUUAUGGGAUUGUGGUGGUCAUGCAUCUCUUCAACCAUUAUGGUCUUAUCAUUAUUCAAAUACUUCUCUUCUUCUUUGGCUAAUUAAUAUAUAUGAUCGAUCAAGAUUAGAUACAAAUCUUCAUUUAUUGUCACAAAUACUUACAAAUCCAUUACUCUAUCGUGUUCCAGUUCUUAUUGUUUUAUAUAAUUCUUCUUUUAAUCAACAAAAACAAAAUGAUCCAAAUGCAAAACAAAAUUUAUUAACUAAUCUUGAAGUAUCAUUUCGUUUUUUAGCUACACUUUCUACACCUCGUGCAAGUACAUUCAAAUGGCAAGUUAUUAAUGUUACAUUAAAUAAUACUGACUCACAAACAGAUCUCAAAAAAAUUCGACAAUGUUUUCGUGAACUUAUGGAACUGUAA